GUCAAAUUUAUUUGAAGGAGCAGGAAUCUAUAAAUUUCGGUAUUUCUGCCUCGAUUCUUUAACAGUUGGCAUUAUCUACAUCCUCCGCUCUAAUCCACAAUCUCAUCUACUACAUUAAUUGAUAUUGAUCCCCACUAGUUGAUUGCUAAAAUGAGCAAAUUAUUUGUCAUAUUUGGAGCCACAGGCCAACAAGGUGGCGCGCUCGUCAACUAUAUACUUGACCAUCCUGAAUUCUCUAAAACUUUUCGUCUCCGGGCCAUUACAAGAAACGCCAGUUCUACUGCGGCGGCGAAACUUAAACAAAAGUCAGUUGAGAUUGUAGAGGCCAAUCUCGAUGACCCCGAAACUCUCCAUGCCGCUGUUGCAGGCGCAUACGCCGUCUUCUCAGUAACGAACUACUGGGAGAAAGCUCGCGCUUCCGUUGAAAUCGCUCAAGGCAAAGCCCUCGCCGACGCUGCCGUUGCCGCUGGAGUUACUCUUUUCAUAUGGUCAUCAUUACCAAAUGUUAAGAAGAUUACCAAUGGUAAACUGACGGAGGUUCACCACUUUGACAGCAAAGCUGAGGUCGAGGAGUAUAUCCGUGGCUUAUCAUUUCCUAGCAGUGUUUUCUUCUUGCCGGGAUGGUUUAUGCAGAAUGUGUGGAACGAUCUUGCGCCGAAGCCAAAGAAAAUAAGUGACCAAAAAGUGCUCUUCCCAUUUGCCUUCACACCUGAAACCCGAAUCCCUCUGAUCGACAUCUCGGAUAUUGGGAAAUACCUUGCCCCAGCACUACGAGAUCCAUUGAAAUACAAUGGCUGUCAAUUGACUGCCUCGACUGCUUUCUACACGGCGCAAGAACAAGUUGAGACUUGGAGUGAGGUGUCAGGCAAACAAGUUGUUUUGCCCUCAAUUUCUGAGAUUCCGCUUCUGACAGAUGAUCCGAUAAAACAGAAGGUUUCUCAGGCGCCUACAAUGCUCAGCGAGUGGUCUUACUAUGGUCCGACGGGUCAGAAGGAUCUCGAGUGGACGCUUGAGCAGGUUGAUGAGAAGUUGACGACUUGGCGCGAGUUUCUUGAGGCCAAUGGGCCGUGGUUUGAAGAUGAUAAUUAAAUUUAUGAUUUGGCGUUUCUAUGUAACCAGGAUUAUACGAAGAAGUACAUAUGUACGUAUUUAAAUAUGAAGAAUCUCAGAUCUG